AUGACCCAAAUCACCCCCGAUGAUUCCAAGGCCCCGGCCUACACCUCCGCAGACCCCAUGAACACCGAGAAGCACAGCAUCACAAGCCCCAAGAUGGACUGUCCAACCCAUGGACCGAGCCAGGUUCCACUGGUUGACAACGAACUGCAGAAGCCACAUGCCAAGGAGAUUAUCCGGCUCUUGACUGCAGCACUGAAUGAUCUCACCAACGAGAAGAAAUGCACCAGAUGCACUGUCGAGAGCAUUUCUACUCAGCUCACUGGCCACGCUCGGGAUCUGAGAGCUGCGAAGCGCAGCGGUGCCUGGUCGAAGGAGGACAAGAAGGCGCUUAAGGCGGAGGUCAAGGGUCUGUUCAAGCCUAUCAAGAAGGACUUGAAGCGUCUCUGGAAGGGGAAUUAG